AUAAACAAAGAAAAUGAACAUAUGUCUUUGGGCUUAGUGGCGGUUCUACAUUUGAAUGUACACCGAUUUGGGAUAGAGUAGUGACAAUUAGUAAGAGUAAUUGAUUGCUCAUUGAUUAGCAAUCUAGCCGUUUGUUGUUGCAGUGGGCUAAUACACAGAUUAAAAUAUGCCACGUACAAAGCGUCCAAAGAAAGGAAGACAGACAAAACCAAAUGAGUCGGCUAACACUGAACUUGACCCAAAUAUUGUUAUUAAACAAGAGCCUGAGGAUCCACCUCCAGAAAGUAUGGAAUUUGAAGCUGAAGCAGAUGGUAAUCUAGACGAGGACAACUAUCCACUCCAGGUGUCCAAAGUUAACCAGUCUGCUAAUAUGUAUUCAAUUACACAACUGAGAAAGCUUGGUGAAGACAUGCUCAAUAAGCAAAGGAAGUUUUUUGACCAAAAACGGCAAAAAGCCAUUAGUGUGAUAGAUGUAAUUAAGAUGAAGAUUCCACUGGAGAUCAGAAAUGUUCCUGUUGGUGAGGUUUUCAGGAAACAGGGGCUAAAACCAAGUUGUUCUAAUGACUUACUGUCGGUGUCUCAGCAAGUUGGGAAUAAUGAUUCCACUGUACUUAGUGUUGAACAAACGAAUAAAACGGUCAUCAGUGAUGUACAAAAAGAGUGUACAGCUGAUACUGAAAAUGCGUUUCCAUCUACAAGUAAAUUUAAGACUCCAGCUGUUGGUUUACCAACACCACGCAUUGGUACUAUAACGCCAAAAGUAGGCCCAGAUUCUCCAAUAACAAUUCUGCGGCGUCCAAAACUGGGUGAAGUAGUUAUAUCCAUGAAGGGAAGUCCAGUGAUGUUGAAUGCUGCCAGAGAAGACAAACCAACUCUAAACAUACCAAUGGCCAAUGGAACAGUGAUGUCCAUCCUUCCUCAGAGAGGUCUACGAACUGCUCAGUUGCCCCAGCAAAUGGAUCCUGAAACUCAAGAAAACCUAAAAGUGAUAUGGGAAAAUCUAAAAGAUCUUAUUGGACAUACAGAAACUCCUAAACCUUGAUUUGUCAGUAAAUGUGUUUUAAGAAAUAAGACAAUGUGUGAAAGAAAGGAUACUGCUUAAUAUUAUUGUAAUUUUAAUAUUUCAUUUUGUUAACUUGCAUAUAAAGUGCAUUUUGCUGCGUGUUUUGCACAUUAAUUUAACUCUCGUACCCAAAUAAUAAUGCAACAAACCUAAAUCGAAAUAAAUUAGAAAA